UAAUAAGACUUUCUGAGUUGUAUGGACAUUGUUUUGGCUAAUAAAUAUUGAACUUAGUCAACAACAAUGUAAUCUGUUUUUAUUAUAUAAUUGACUCCUGUAUGAAUAUCUAUACAAUCUAAACAGAAUGGUAUGAACAAGUUCAUCCUUCAUGUCAUGUUUAUAAACCUAGCACGUGUACGUCCAAAUGCAACAUUUUGCUUUGUUGCAGUUGUGUGUGACUUGUGACAUGUAUGUGAACACAUGAAUGGUAUUUGAGUCUUUUGAAGAUGUAGACGGCAUAAAAUGUAACAAUGUUUUAGCAGCUUGUCAAUACACCGAUUUGAAGUUUGGAGGAUCAAUUCAGUUACAUUAAAAAAAGGACACAACUCUAAAUUACAAAUGUAUUUGAUUUCUAUCGACAAUUAAACAACCUUUUUAAUUAAUGGAAAAUGAGUAUAAUAUGAGGAGAGCUCCGUGCAAACCAUUAAGCUCAUCCAAUCAGUUAGUAUUAGGAUAUCUUAAAAGUGCUAGACGGAUCAAGAAAUGAAAACGCAUUGUAAUGACCCACUAAUGAAAACAAACAAUUAGCUACAGCACAUCAGAUUAAAAUGAAUCUUAACCAGCAGAAUCCCUCACACUUACAUUAACAUUAUCUAUUGAUUUAAACUAAACGAGGAACGAGCCUGUUUAUGCUAAUAUCCAUUAAUGCUUUCAUUAACAUAUCAGAUUCUAAAUCCAAUGGCUCUUUAAAAUCAGCUGAUUUUUAUGCGUUUUGGCUAAAAUCCUGUUUGAGCAGGUGUGUUUGCCAUUAACAUUAAAACACAGGGCACAUGCUGGAACCUUUUCUCUGUGUUUGUCGAAAUAAUUGUUGUUCCUGUAUCACAUUAUCCUCGUUUGUUUCGAUUAAUGGAUCCACUUUGAAUGAAGUUAACCACCUGCGGUGCGCAAACUUGCUUGCUGUGCGUAAUAGAUAACCCUUGGGUCUCCAAAUGCGCGUUAUGUGGAACAUAUAUGACCAAAACACACUAAAAUAGAAUAUAGUUUAAUAAAUUCACAUAUUUAACUUAAGUUUUUUUAGAGAGCAAUACAAAGGCAAAGUUGAGAAACACUAAUUUCCCCCCAGGAUCUCUCCAGAGGAGCACCGCUCCAGUUCGCACCCCGUUAACAGCUCCAAUUAGAUUUGCUUUACAUUCAUUGAUUGUUGAUUUACAUUUGCGACUUAAUAGCGGGUCUUUAUGGCUGUUGACCGAGGACUUUAGACAAAGACCUUGCCAACAUCAUAUAAAACCUUGCCAAACUGCUGCUGGUUCAGUCAGUACACCUCCAGCUUCCAAAGAACAUCUCUGAGGAUUUGCGCAUUAUAGCACCGGUGAACAUGUUGCCUGUAGUGAUCUGGAUCUCACUGGUGGGAUUUAUCACCAGCAGACCGUCUCUCAAUUACCUGGAAAACCACUCGGCGGUGGAAAACGAGUCGGAAGAAGUGCGCACAGAGGCGAUCAAGAGACUUUUGGAAGUGUUUGGGAUGGAGGAUCCUCCCGCGGCUCUGGCUCGGGGACACAAACAGCCUCCGCAGUAUAUGCUGGACCUGUACAACACCAUAGCUGAUGUGAAUGGGGUCACCAAAGAUCCAUCGCUCCUGGAAGGAAACACGGUCCGCAGUUUCUUCGAUAAACUGCACAGCGACCAGGUCGAGUUUCGCUUCAACCUGUCCACAGUUGCCAGGAGUGAGAAGGUCCUCACAGCUGAACUUCAUCUGUUCAAGCUCAGACCUCAAGCAUCGCUCACCUUUAACAGACAUCACUUCUGUCAGGUCAAUGUUUACCAGGUUCUUGAUAGCAGCAAGAUGAACAUCUCUCAAGGGAGAAAGCUGCUGUCUUCUAGACUGAUUCCUGUUCACUCCAGUGGCUGGGAGGUUUUUACCAUCACACAAGCUGUGAGGUCCUGGAUGUCCGAUGAGGGCAGUAAUCUUGGUCUCCUGGUUACGGUGAGAACUCUCGCAGGCCUUCAGAUGGACCUGAAAACUGUACGUUUUGCAUCAGGCCAGAAUCACCACCACAGUAAGCAGCCCAUGCUGGUUCUCUUUACUGAUGACGGCAGACGGGCAGCAUCUCUGGAGAGCGCUCCUAAAGGUUCAGAUGUAUCUACCGGAUCCGCCGGAUCCAGUCUUCCGUUCCCCAGCCCUCCUCUUCCAUCAGCCGCCCGUCGCAGCGCUCGCUCCACAGACUACGAUGAGAGCGGUGAGAAGAUGCCAUGUCAACGGCUGCCUCUCUAUGUGGACUUUGAGGAGAUCGGCUGGUCUGGAUGGAUCGUUUCUCCACGUGGCUACAACGCCUACCAUUGCAAAGGUUCCUGCCCGUUCCCGCUGGGACAAAACAUGAGGCCCACAAACCACGCCACAGUGCAGUCUAUCAUCAACGCUCUAAAGUUAACCAAAGGCAUCGAGACCCCGUGCUGUGUACCAGACAAACUCUACAGCAUUAACCUGUUGUACUUUGAUGAUGAUGAGAACGUUGUUUUGAAGCAGUAUGAUGAUAUGGUAGCGGGAAGCUGUGGGUGCCAUUGAGCAACUUUACUGGUCUAAAUGCAGAUCCUUGAUGUCAGAGGUCAACAGCAGUGGUAUGCCAAAAAACAUGGACUGGUUUAUUCUGGCAAGAAAUACAGUUGGAUCUUGCUAAAUUGUAAAAUAUGUAAAUAGAUAAAUUUUAAUAUAUGGAGAAGCUUAAGUUGGUGACUCAUAAAAGAUGUAAAUUUGUAUAUUGCAUGUUGUGAACUAUUAUAAAGUCUAAAUAAAUUCUUACAAAAAUUGA